UCUUAAAAUCUCACAACUUCUAAUGUCAAGUGGAAAGGAAAAGUAGCUGUGAGUUGGUGCUAUGUCUUGCAUGUGGCUACUAGCUUAGAGUGGAACACUAACGCUGCAUGCUUUUUAGAUGGAAACCCUCUAUCCUACCUGUAUCUCCAUGAUUUGGCUAUGGGAAGAGGUCAGAGGUGAAAGGUUGCAGGGUCAUGACCUUUGACAACCGUUUUUUUAAUUGGAAAGAAAGGCAAGGAUUGGGGAGGAAGGUGUGAAGGCAGUGUCCAGCUUGGUUCUCUGCAUGCUCUGUUGACGGCUGUAAUGAAGUUCUGCAGAUCCCAACAGCUUUUCCUGGAGGACACACUCGUGUGGGGAGCUAUCGGCAGCACAGGUGGGCCAGUCAGUGAAGCUGUGUGGAUGGAUUCAGCAUAAACGCUUUGACUUCAUGCUGACCUUGAGGGACGCCUUUGGUGUCACACAAGUCGUGCUGCCAAAGAAAGAUGAGGAAUCACUUCCCAAAAUGGAGACUUUGGAAAAAGUCCAUUUAGAAUCGGUCAUCAUGGUGCAAGGCAUGGUGCAGUUUAGGCCAGAGGGCCUGAGCAACCCGAAAAUGCCCACUGGUGACAUUGAAGUUGUGGCUAGUGAUAUCAAAGUGUUAAACCCCAGCAAAGACAAACUUCCCAUACACAUUAAUAGUUUCCAGCAGGCUAAGGAAUCACUGAGGAUGCAGUAUCGUUACCUUGAUCUGAGGAGUAGUAGAAUGCAACGGAAUCUCCGGUUACGCUCCACAAUCAUCAUGAGAAUGAGGGAAUUCCUCUGUAAUCAGCAUGGUUUUGUUGAUGUGGAGACUCCUUCUUUAUUCCGAAAAACACCAGGCGGAGCCAAAGAAUUUCUGGUGCCAACACGCCACCGGGGCAAAUUUUAUACUUUGCCGCAAAGUCCUCAGCAGUUCAAACAGUUGUUGAUGGUGGGAGGUAUUGACCGCUACUUCCAGAUUGCCAGGUGCUACAGGGACGAAGGCAGCAGAGCAGACAGACAACCAGAAUUUACACAGGUAGACAUUGAAAUGUCUUUUGUCAACAAGGACGGCAUCUAUGCAAUGAUCGAACAACUUCUGGAGUAUUCGUGGCCUCGUGAUAAGCCGAAGUUAAGCACGCCUUUCCCAAGGAUGAACUAUUCGCAGGCAAUGGCUGAGUAUGGCUCAGAUAAACCAGACACAAGAUUCAACUGGAAGAUAAAGGAUGUGACGACUGUUCUCAAGGGAUGCGGUCCUUCCAUAUUCAACUCCGAAGAGGAUGAAUUUACAAUAAGCGCAGUCAAUUGUAAAGGUGCCCUGGAGCACCUCUCCAACUGCGACUUCACUCGGCUCCAGAAUGAAUCCAAAAAGUAUUUCCCAUACGGCGUCUUAUGCAUGCAGUGCAAAGACGAGGACACCUGGAAAUCUGCAAUUGCCAAGCACCUCCCCGAAACCAGCAGGCUGGAAAUGGCCAAGGUUAUGGAUGCAUCCAGGGGAGACGUGUUGUUCCUCGCUGCAGGCAAUCGCAGUACUGUGACCAAAGUGCUAGGACAUGUACGACUUGUUUGUGCCGAUAUCUUGGAAUCUAGAGGAGUGCCCGUGAGGGACCCAAACCAUUACAGUUUCUUGUGGGUGGAGGACUUCCCGCUAUUUCUCCCCAGCGAGGGAAGGGACGGGGAAUUGGAGUCCUCCCACCACCCAUUCACGGCCCCGGUGCCCGAGCAUUCCGACCUGAUAUACACCUCUCCUCUGGAGGUCAAGGGUCAACAUUACGAUCUAGUACUGAACGGUGCAGAGAUUGGCGGGGGAUCUAUCCGAAUCCACAAUGCCGAGCUACAGGAAUAUGUUUUGGAGAAAGUUCUCAAGGAGGAUUCUUCUUGCUUGUCACAUCUGUUGGACGCCUUGCAGUCUGGAUGUCCGCCCCACGGAGGUAUUGCUUUGGGUCUCGAUCGCCUCAUAUCCAUUCUGUGCGGGGAGCCUUCCAUUCGUGACGUCAUCGCCUUUCCCAAAACCAUGGAAGGUAAUGAUCUGAUGAGUGGAGCCCCCUCUGGUGUGGUGGAUACAGACCUGGCUAGGUACCACGUUGGGAUUGCCGUCCCCAAAGGAAGUGGUCUGUCUGGUUGAUCACGAUCCCCUCGUGCGGGUGAAGUCACCGUGUGAGCAAUUGUCGUGUUGAUGCAAUCGCUGCUACACAUUGCAUUAACACAGUUUUUUUUUUGUUCGUCUGAAUGCCUCAUCAAUUUUUGGAAAGUAACGAACUAGUGUCAGCUGACCAGGACCAGUUGUUCCAUCUCUUUUGUUCUGAUGCAUUUCACUAUGGCUUCAGAACAACAUGAAAGCACCUUUUUAUGGAUGGCGUAAUGCCGUCACAUCAAGCACGACAACGGAAUGUCAAAAGUCAUGAUGUUAACAGUGCUCUCUCAAUUCAGAAAUCAUGCCCAGAGGCACCCUUCUAUUUGAUUACUGUAGUAAUGGGAAUCAGUGAGUUGGAAAAGAAAUGUAAUGCCUUUGUAAGAAAUGUCUGCCUGCAUUUUUGCAAUUACUUUAAUAAUGUGAAGUUAUUAAACUAAUUUCGAAAUAUUAGCUUUAUUUCAUGUGAUUUCUGAUCUCGAACGAGAAUAAUCCAGAUAUCAUGGCCAAGUCGUCCUGUAAGCAUUUCUCCCUUUAAUACAGAAUGCAGAAAUUCGAACAGAUUCAUAGUUCAAGUGUCAUAAUCUGCUACACGCUCAAUGUUCUUUGAGUGUCAAAAGGUAACACGGAUUCUCCGGAAAUACAUCCCGGUGGUAGUUUUUUUUUUCAGGAACCAUUUGUUGACAAGGCCGAUAUUUAUUUAAAUAUAGCCAUGACUUGAGAAACAUCGCUACUUUGCGGUUGAAAUAGCAUUUUGAAACACUCUGAAAGUGCACGAGUUUCCAGAAUCAGUACACGGUAAUACAUUUGUAACUUAAACUGCCUUUAACUUAUCCUGGACUCACAAAGGUAUCCCGGACCCAUAACGGACAGCCAGUUCCUUCCUUACCUCGGUAAUAGUGACUGAAAUAGGAAGUGUCCAAGGCCGUGCUUUUAUGUAAUGUUCCCCGCAUCGUCAGCCGCUACUCAGUGCACUCAUCAGGUGCCGUUUUUAGUCAGGAGUUGUGUCACCUCCUUUGUCCAGGAGUUUGGGUUUUAUUCGGUCAUCAGUGUCAGUCUAUCCCGAAUUUGGGGCGACAAGCUGCGCCUGUAGCGGGGCUAACAGGGUACUUCCCAAUUACUCAUUAUUUGAAGAAUUCUCGUUGCAUUGACGAAAGUUUUUAGGGAACCAUUUUUUUGUUCCCACCUAGCGCUGCAAAUAAACAAGGCUGGCCUUUUUUUUUAGAAGUUGA